AACAUCACCCGUUAUAAUUUAGUCGCCAUUUUGAAUUCAUUCAUCAGUUUGGAGUCCAAUGACUUCUAAAUAAUAGAAUUAUUUAGAAGACAUAGUAUUACAUGCGUUUAAAAAUACUAUAUCAUUUUGUUUUUAUUUUUAUAAUUUAAAAUAUUUUGAUACAUUAGAAAAUUUUAUGGUUUAUUCAGUGUUAUUUAUACUUACAAAUAUACAAUUACAUAUGGUGUGGGAAAAUAUAAUUUCUCAAUAAGGCAAACAAUUGAAUCGUGACAUUUUGUAUGAUUCAUAUUUCUAACAAUUAAUUAAAACAUUAUUAUCAAAGCAGUUGAUAGUUUUUGAAGUGUUUAAAUAUUUUUGAGAUUGUUGGAUUGCAACAAUCACAACUACAAUUGUAAACAAAAAGUACAAAGUUGUGCUUAUGUACACAUAUUUUUCUAGAUGACUAUUAAGUAAAUUAUUACACAAGUUUCAACAAUCAUUUAAAAAUGGGAAGUACGUGUAAUGAUUGUAUGGCUAGAGUGCCUUAUGCAACCCUAAUAGCAACAAUUAUGUGUUGUUUGGGUGUUGGAGUAUUUUGUGGUACCAUGUAUCGAGGUUCUACUCUUACUAAAUUAAUGAUGCUCCAUGUCUUUCACGUGAGACUCGAUUGGCUGGAAGCUGUAACUUAUAUUUUUGCCAUAAUUGGUGCAUGUAUGGCUGCAUUAGGAUUCAUGAUCCUAUGCGUUGGAUGUUUAGCAACUGGAGCAACUAGACACAAAGUUUAUCGUGCUUGGCGAUCCCGUGUUGGUGGUCGAAUUUCUUGUGCUGUGUUUAUGACCAUUACCUACAUUCUUCAGAUAGUUUGGAUGCUAAUUUUUGCAUUCUUAGUUAUCGUAACAUUACUGUUUACAAUAUUUUGGGGAUUGUGCAGUGACCCUCGUGCUCAACAAAAUGGCAUAGAUUUUACACAAUUAAGAUUCGUAUUUCUUGAUGCCAUAAGUCCGGAUCAUAUUCGCAUAAAAGACAAUUACGUAAAACAAUUUUGUAAAGAUUAUGUAGAAAAAGCUGAAGUGAUGUUCAUUUUAGCCACUGCCGCUGCUAUGUUGGUGAUUUUUAGCCUUAUACAUUAUUUGAUGUGUCUAUCAGCAAAUUAUGCACAUAUUCGAGAUCAUGAAAAAUUCCAAGAGCUUCAAGAACUUCAAUACUUACAAGAUCCUGGUGAUGGUGAUUCACCUCAACAUGGUAUGGGAACUCUGAGUUCUCAUCAUCGUAGUAAAGACCGAUUUUAGGAUACAGCCCGCGAGAUCUUUGCUUUAAGUCCAACAUAAAUGUUCAAAAAUUUGUGCAAAAACCGUAUUGAGAUAUACGAAAUAAUUUUUAUAUAUUUUAUACUGAAAUAAACGCAUUAUUGUUCGAUAAGUAUUUCAAUCCAACGAAAGAAAAGAUAAAAUAUUGUAAUAAUAAUUUUUCUAACUGUAUUAGCAAAGAUCUUGCGGGAACUAAAUGCCGUCCAUUGCAUGCAAUUUUUAUCAGUAUAAUGAAUAGUCUAGCCACAAAUUUUUAUGCAAUUCUGAGAGCAUUUAAUAACAUAUCUUCCAAUAAUAAUUUUUAUUCCUAGUA